GCUACUCGGAUUGUUAACCUUCACUCUGCGUAAACCUAAAGCUAAACCUCUAAAACCUUGAAUCCAUGGCGGACGAUGGCCGGAGACUACCCAAAUGCCCGGCUACGGAGAAUGCUGCUGCAAGUAGAGAUAUGACUGAAUCCUGCAAGACAUUUGAGGACUUCAUUCGUCGCUUGAAGGCCCGUGCCCCUGCUUCCAAAAGGCAAAAGACGGGCGAGAGUAGUCGACUACCAAUUGUGUUGCGGACUCGGUCUCUACGAAGUCAUGGCUCGAGGUUGAGCUCGGCCUCUACCACCGUCGACCCCCCAACACAGGUGGUCGACCUCGCGAGGAAUGCCUCGGCUCCCUGCCUCCCAUGCCGACUGCCCCGCUCAGAUGGAUUGUUGUCUUCCUCCCACGGCUUCUAUCCUUCGAGGUGAUCUUGCCACCGAUGAGUUCAUGCGGAGCUUUCUCCUUCCUCGGGAUCUAGAGCUAUGCGAGGGCAACCCAGAUCCCCGUCCUAUACUUGAGGCUUUCAUUCGCCACCUAGCCUUGGGAGAUACCUUAAGGGCCACCCAGGCUCGCCUAGAGGUCGAAAGGAAGGCCCGACUGGACUUAGAGUCACAGCUGCAGGUGUCGGAGACCAAGCGCAAGAGUUUGGAGGACAAGUACGCUCAGUUGCAAACAUUGCGCGCCCGUGAAAAUCAUAUGCAUGGGAAAGUCCUUGCUUCGGUGCUGUCAGACUACAAGAGCUCUAAGGCCUUCAAGGAGGAUGCGAGAAAGUACCUUGUUGAGCACAUGGAGGAGCUUUUUACUGAUUGGGCUGCUACACCCGCGGGAAGAGAUCGCAUAGGCAUGGAGGGGCUAUUGAUGUAUGAUGUAGGUCAGUAUACGUUGCAACGAGACAUUUAUGUAAUCCUUCGCAACCGAGACGAGACUUUUGAUCCCGUGGAAUGGGGUCUUCCCGUUGAGUUCGAGAACCCAGACCCCGUGGCCUUAGCCGAGCUAACUGAGGCGGUCAAGGAGGAGAUGGCUGCGGGUUCACCCCGCGAGUAGUAGUUAUGUUUCUUCGCUUCCCUUUUGACCAUGUAUGAUGAACAACCAUGCUUUUGCUUUAUGUUCAAACCUACU